AAAACUACGAUUUGCCGAGAAGCAGAUUCUCACGGGUGCGCACGUGCAAGCAUUUACGAGAAUCGCAGUGUAUCAGCGGGCCCUCGGAGUAGCGCCCCACACAGUGGUGUACCCCAUUGCAAACCCUCGUGUGAUCUUACAGUUACUUUUUUUAGUUCCGCUGCAAAUUUUUGUCAAUUGUCCCCUUUUAUAACGACAGAAAUACUCGACAUUUUUACUUUCUCUCCUGUCCUUCUACACAUGUUAUUAGACUUUUAAUCAUCGCCUCAGCAUCUAACCGAGAGAUUUAUAGAUGCCUGAAAAAGAACCCAAUUUUCUAGGUUUUUGGUCGAAAUGAAGGCUCGUAAAUCCAUAAUAUUUUGAUCGUCCUUCAGCAAAACAAUAUAUGAGGAACUUUUACUAUACCAUUUUAAAGGCGGGGUGAGCAAAAUUCCGGCAGAAUUCUGCGAUGUCAUCUAGGGCGUUACGAAAAUUGGCAAGUGAACUAGACGAUGUGCGGGAAGUAGACACUGAGGACUACAGCGUUCAGAAACCCUCAAUUUUCUCCCUGGUAACUCAAUUUUUUGUUGUUGUGUCAGUCGUUCUUUUGCUGAUUGUCCCUUAUUGUAUAUGCCCUAGUAGCAAUAGAUAUCGAGUCGAUAUACGUGAAUAGCGAUUUAUCGAGAUAUCACGUAAUUGGCCAUCUCGCUCAUGCAAUCUGACAUUUCAUUGGUUGCCGUUCUUUAGUCGUCUAUCGAUUGCGCGCACACGCGGCCGCGCCAUUAUUUCGCGUGAGCGGCGUGGAACGCGUGAGUUGACAGUCCUUGCACUUACUUUCCAUUACUGAUUUAUAUCUCUUGUUUGCUACUCUUCCAUGUUAACUAUGUUUAGGCAGGGAUCCCGGAGAACACGAAUACGUCGUAUUAAGAGGUAUGGAAAUGAGACUUUCCAGUAAGUGAUGGAAAAUAACACCAGUAUACCUUUUAGGAGCCACAGGAGAACGCCGAUGA